AUGCUGGUCCAAGUCGUUUCCCACCGUUCGCAGGAUUAUGUGAGUGUGUGGAUCCUCGUUCGAGCAACAGCCAUGCUGAUUCAUGUCGUUGCCCACCCUCCGCAGGUCGACGCGCUUAACAACGAUCGUUGUGUAGAGAUACGGUCCAAGUUACCCUCUGUGGCAUCUUGCUCAUCACCCUUGGAGGACAUUGUUCAGGUCAUUUCCGCUGCUGUCAUUAUCUUCGAACACUCUUUUUAUAUUUUCGACAAUCAGCGCCACUACUGGAACUCUGAUCCCUCUUUUUAUGUCGCACUGGAGCAGUACAUCUCAUCUCCGCAUGCAGGUGCUGUCAUGAAAGCUGUGAGCGAUGCCGUUCACGCUUAUGAAAAAGCGGUGGCUACUUCUGGGAAGGAGAAAGAAUCUUCGUGCUCUUCGGCGAAGGCGCAGUUAAUCGACGCUGUUCUUGAAAUCACUCUAAAUCAUCGCCUGUCAAGACCUUAA